UGCCUCGUCGUGCUUCACGCAGGCGGGACGUGCCUUUCUCAGCUACAAUCGCUUUCGCCAUGCAAUAGAUGAAGAGUGCGUGGUCCGUCUGUUCUCUACGCCCUACAAUGUACACUGCAACACUGUCCCGCCUGCGCUGGACUGUGCCUCCUGCGUUUUUGGCGGCAUGGAGCAACCUUGGUUCCAAUGGCCAUGAACGCCUUCAUGCCGACGGCCCUGUAAAAUUAUGGGAUCAGAAAACGUCUUUCUCAUCUACGGCCGACCAACUGCAUGACAAGGGCCGCAAAUCAGACAAGCAAUCGUGGCGAUGCCGCGAAAAUACCCCUCCUCGCGACGAGGCAGAAUGUCAGAAUGCGUGGUCGGUCUUUACUGAUAAAUUCGGAGUAGCCAGGGAGUCUUUUACAUCGGUGGAGUGGACGAACAUUGGUGAUAGUAUCAAGAACUAUAUUGUUCCAGACUGGGCACGCUUUCUGCCCGCUACCAUGCAAAAGCUUCAGCGAGAGUUAUCAAUGGCUCCAGGGUCUCUCGCGGAUGACAUAUGGAGAGAGGCCCACGAUCCUUAUUUGAACCCAGAGAUUGCUCUCGAGGCGAGUGUUCGCGUCGCGGAUGUACUGUGUGGCGAAGAACUUGCAUUCAGGAAGAAACGUCAGGCACACUCUAUCAAGGCAUUAGCGAAAUAUCUGAACUUGAAAGAAGACGAAAUCCACCCGGAUGAUGUUCCAAUAAUUGCCAUGUGUGGCUCUGGCGGAGGUCUACGGGCACUCGUUGCGGGAACGGGCUCUUAUCUCGCUGCACAAGAUGCCGGACUGUGGGAUUGCGUUACGUACACUGCUGGUGUAAGCGGUAGCUGCUGGCUGCAGACUCUGUACAAUUCCUCAAUAACGGGGCGUGAUUUCAACAAGCUGGUAGACCACCUGAAAAGUCGAUUAGGAGUCCACAUCGCAUUUCCCCCUAAGGUUCUCUACUUGUUGACAACAGCCCCGACGAACAAAUAUCUUCUUGGUGGAUUGGUGGAGAAACUGAAGGGCGAUCCGCAAUCGGAUUUCGGUUUAGUUGAUAUCUAUGGACUUCUACUUGCAGCACGGCUGCUGGUACCUCGUGGGGAGCUUGAUCUCUCGGAUCGAAAUCUUAAAUUAUCUAAUCAGAGAGACUAUAUACAAGACGGAAGCAGCCCUCUCCCAAUCUACACUGCGGUCCGUCAUGAAAUACCGGACAUACAUAAAACCGAAUACAAAGGGCAUCGAGCCGCAGAAGAAAUAGAGAUCGAAGCAAAGAAAGAGGCUUGGUUCCAAUGGUUCGAGUUUACUCCUUACGAAUUCUUCUGUGAAGAAUUUGGCGCUGGAAUUCCCAUGUGGGCUGUUGGUCGGCAUUUCGCCGAUGGCAAAAGUGUUCCUCUCGAUCAGUAUGCUGUACCCGAACUUCGUGUUCCAGCAUUGAUGGGAAUAUGGGGUAGUGCCUUUUGUGCGACUUUGGCGCAUUACUAUAAGGAGAUCAGGCCUGUUGUCAAAGGGCUUGCAGGUUUUGGGGGGAUCGAUUCGCUAAUUGAAGGGAAGAAUGAAGAACUAAUCAAAGUACACCCAUUUGACCCCGCCUCAAUACCAAAUUAUGUUUUAGGUAUGAAGAAUAAGCUUCCGCCAUCGUGCCCAGAGUCUGUCUUGGGCACUACUAAUCUCGAACUCAUGGAUGCUGGGAUGAGUAACAACCUCCCAAUAUACCCCUUGCUUCGACCAGGAAGAGAUGUUGAUAUCAUCGUGGCCUUCGAUGCCUCGGCUGAUGUCAAACAGGAAAACUGGCUGUCUGUCGUUGAUGGAUACGCUCGGCAACGAGGUAUCAAAGGGUGGCCUAUAGGGGCAGGAUGGCCAAAGGAGGGAAUAAAACCUAGCGAAACCGCAGAGAAGCUUCGUGAGGCUAGUAGGAUGACAGAGUCUUCUUCAACAGAAAAGCUCGAAGAGGCACAGAAACACAGCGCGAAGAACCCAGAUAGCGAUCAACCUUUGGUAGACACUCUGAUGACAUCAAGCUCACAAAGCGACCCUCAGUCGAAGCCCCCGGUGAGAUCUGCAGAGGAUUUGAGUUAUUGCAAUGUGUGGCUGGGUACGAAGCAGGAGAUGGCUUAUGAACACGAGCCUCCAUCUUCCAAGAGGCUUUUCCAUCCUAGUCACGGAGAUCCCCAGGACUCUGAUUUCCACCUCAUGCAACCAGAUGCCGGAAUCGCCGUUGUAUACUUCCCUUUACUCCCGAACCCAUCUGCACCAGACUACAAGAGUCUCAUACCAAAUCGAAACAAUCAAACCCCCAGCGUCGCUCUACCUCAGAACGAAGAAGCCGAUCCCGAAAAACCACAAAACCCGAAGCCAAGCUCCAUUAACCCUGAUGUUGACGAUUUCCUAUCGACCUGGAACUUUGUCUACACUCCGGAACAAAUCGAUUCGGUUGUGGGACUUGCCAAAGCCAAUUUCAAUCAGGGCGAAGCCCAGCUCAAGCGUGUUGUACGCGGUGUUUAUGAGCGGCGGAAACGAGAUCGUCUCCGUCGAGAACGAGUUGCAUUGGAAAACGCAGUAAAUAAAAGAAUGGACGAAAUAAAGAAGCAACAUGAGGGAUAUACACCUAUAUACUGAUCAUCGUCAUUUACUAUACCCAUAAUACAUUUCUUUCAUUGUUUUGCUUUGGAUAUACGCUAAUUUUCUAGUGCCCAUAUAACAAAGAUGUGCAAUGCUAAUAUGCGCAGCAUGGUGCCUGCUUACAGAGCGCUCACUAAGCAAUCACUGAAUAAGAUCUAGAUAGAUUAAAAAGAGCAAUGAACACUUAGUGAACAUUAUAGAUGACUUCUUAUCAGAUUCCACAGUCUCACACAUUCCAAUU